CUCUGCAAAUGCGAUUGAAUCACGAGUCGGCUGAACCUUGUCACAAACCCUUUACCCCCUCGCCCACAGGUGAACGUACCUUGAGUUUCAGUCCCAGGGUUCAAGGUGCGUUCGGAUGUGCACGCGCGACACCGUUUUGUCUGCAGAUGCGGUUCUCCCGCCCUCUGGUGGAUGCGAUGGGAGCUCCCUUGCAUUGACCUUGGACAUUUCCCGAUUUCGGCAUGGUCGACGGUCCGGGAGGCCAAACAGCCACAAAGACAAAUGCAAGCAGGUAGGCGUCCUUGUUUGCAUGUCGGACUGUAAGUAAGCUCACGGAUGUGCGUGUGGUCAGGUCGGUCAGCUGGAUGACGAGCCCGUGGACGACCUGAGAGGCAAGAACAGAAAGAAGCGUCGCCACAACAACUCCGAUGAGGUGAGCAAUAUUACCAUGCACAUCUCUGUUCAUCGAACGAGGGCACCGACCGCUGUGUGUCAGGACGAGAGACCUGCUCCUGCCUUCACUUUCGCCGCCAAGCCUCGCUCAAAGCGGGUCAAGACACCAGCAGUCAAGACACCCGCACUCAAGAGGGCCCCAAAGAAGAAUGCCGGGAAGAAGGAUGUCGCCAAGAAGAAGGCCGCCAUGAAGAAGGGCGGCAAGAAGAAGACCACCAGGAAGGCAGGGUCAGGGCAGGGCGGCGACGACAGCGACCACACGGCUCCACCCCACCCACCGCUGUCGUUCGGCAAGAUGGAGCCGAGGUCAUCGACGCAUUUCCACAAGGCCAAGGAGGACGAGAAAAUGGUAAGAUGGGAUGGGAUCGGCAGCCUACAGACAGACAGACAGGCAGACAGGCUGGCAGGCAGGUCUCCCUCUCGCUCUCACCGUCUGUGUGUAUGCGUUUAUCUCUGAUGCAGUAUUAUGUCGUGUUUGUGUGCGCCGACUUUCUGGUGAUGUGCCUCGGGUUCCUCGGCCGGCACUACGGCUCGGUCAUCUGUUUCGAGAUCCAGCGUCGGGUGUUUGAGCGCUACAAGACCGAGACUGCCGAGUCGGAGCAGCUGAGGUUCGGCGACUGGGUUCAAACCCACUGGGCCACCGAGCUGGUAAGGAAGGAAAGCACCACUGCCGGUGUCACAUGUGGUCAGGGCAAGCCCCGAGAGGCGCGUGCGGGCUACACGGGGGCCCUGUGGGACUCGGAGAAGGACAUCCUCGACGAUACGGUAAUCAAGAUAGCGUGAGGCUGACGGGAUCCACUCGUGUCACAACACGCAGCACACCAGACUUACCUUCAGCUUCAACGUGCUGCAUCAGCGUAUGGCCCACGUCGAGGCGGUCGGCAACAAUACAACGGAAACCGACACGGUGAGAAGAAGUGGCAGAGAGGCGACGGAAGAUGACACAUCGUAUGUUGGUGUGUCGUAAUGUGUGUGUGUCUGAAUGUCGUCAGUGGUUCGUCCAGCUGAAGUCGGUGGAGUCAGUCAAGGAAGCUCGUAUCAAAGCGCAGACAGACUACAGGCUCAGGGCAGAUUUCAGAGCGAAGAUAGGCCACCCGAUUACGAAAAGGAAGGUGACGGCGAGGUUGGCAGCGAAGAGAGAGCACGCCGUGCAUCCCGAUCCGUAUGGUGCACUGUCCGAUCAGUCAGGCAAGAACACGGAUGAAUUCCUUAGCGGAUGAGCGGCGAUGGAUGUCAGUCAGUCAGACCAUAGAUAAUCUGUGUCGAUGAUGUGGCGUUUUGAUACUUGUCUGGACCUCAAGCUAGUUUUUGGCCGUGACGUACAUCUCACUAAAGAUGGCUCUAGGGACUUCAGUGACUGACAGAUAGGACAGACAUGAGUGUCAUAUUAGGUGGGGAGGGG